GCACUGGGAAUCUUUAAUUUGAUUGAUUGUGUAGUAUUAAAAUCAUUCAAAUAUUCAAUUCAGACAUGUAGAAGAUAAGGAUAUUCUCUGUUCCCAGAGGGAAUUAAAAUCAUUCAAUUCAGACACGAAAAUUACAAGAUUAGCCUCAUCAACACACCCACCAUCUUUGAUCAUUGCUAUAUAUCUUUCCACUCAUCCCACUGUUGAACCACUGCUAAGACAGUAGUGUACCUUAUUCUUCCUUUAAUUUUUUCUGUGUUCUCCCUCUGCAUUAUUCAUGGGGAAGAAACAAGAUUCAUUAAUGUCCACAAAAUUCCAUAUGUUGUUUCUCCUUAUUAUUAUGGCAACACAUUUGGGAUUUGGGCAUGGGGUAAAUAAAAUUGAUCAAGCCCGGAGAAUAAUGUGGUUGCGGCGAGCUAAAAUGCAGCAGCUUCAUGGCGGCAUAACUGAUGAGGCAUGGAGUGAAAUGGAAGAAGAAGAAAUGGUGUUUGAUGAUGUGGGAAGCAUGGAGGAUGAUCUCAUCAAUGGCGGCCUUCCGGGGCAGCCAUCAAACGUGAAGUUCAAGCAGUAUGCAGGGUAUGUUAAUGUGGAUAAAACCAAUGGGAGAAGCCUUUUCUAUUACUUUGCUGAAUCUGCUCAAACUCCUCACACUAAACCUCUCAUUCUGUGGCUUAAUGGAGGUCCUGGUUGCUCCUCACUUGGGGUGGGUGCCUUUAUAGAGCUUGGGCCUUUCGGCGUUAACCCGGAUGGCAAAACCCUUUAUUCAAGAAGAUUUGCAUGGAAUAAGGUUGCAAAUACAUUAUUUUUAGAAUCACCGGCAGGUGUUGGUUUCUCUUAUUCCAACACUUCCUCGGAUUAUGAUAUGUCAGGAGACAGGAGAACCGCGAAGGAUGCGUACAAGUUCUUAGUAAAUUGGUUCAAGAGAUUCCCACAUUACAAGACUAGGGACUUUUACAUUAUAGGAGAAAGCUAUGCAGGAUUUUACAUCCCCGAGCUAGCCGAUGUAAUUGUGAAGAGGAAUACAAUGCCCGAGACCACACUAAAGAUCCCACUAAAGGGAAUUAUGAUAGGGAAUGGGAUAAUGAACGAUGACACGGAUGUGAGGGGCGGGUACGACUAUCUUUGGAGCCAUGCCCUGAUUUCAGAUGAAACUCACGACGGGCUGAUAGAGCACUGUGUGGUAAAUUUCAGCAUAAAAUGUGAACAUUUUGAAAGGGCAGCAGGGAUAGAGAUUGGAAGCAUAGACUUUUACAACAUCUAUGGGCCCUUGUGUUUGGAUUCGGAGAGUUCAAGGAAGGUAAAACGGCGGUUGGGAUUCGAUCCUUGUGCUGAGGAUUAUGUUUACAGUUAUCUCAAUCUUCCUAAGGUGCAAAAAGCCUUGCAUGCCAACAACACAAAACUCCCUUACACUUGGGAAGUUUGCAGUGAGGUGAUUACAUACUGGAAAGACCGCGCAUCAACAAUGUUCCCAAUAUACAGGAGGUUAAUAGCAUCAGGCCAAAAAAUACUUCUGUUUAGUGGGGACGUGGAUUCAGUAGUGCCAGUGACUUCUACCCGGUAUUCUGUGGAUGCUAUGAAGUUGAAAGUGAUCAAACCUUGGCAUCCAUGGGAAGAUGACACCAAACAAGUGGGUGGAUACAAAGUGGUGUACGAGGGCUUAACUUUCGCCACAGUCAGAGGCGCUGGCCAUGAAGUCCCACAGUUUACACCUCGUAGAGCUUUGACUUUGCUCAACAUGUUUCUCUCCACCAAUCACCAUUAGAGAGAGAGAGAGAGGAGAAAACAAGAAAAAAAAUUAUUAAAACCAAUUUAAAAAUUAAUGUAUAAUAAGGUAACUGUAACGUUAGUAAAACAAGAACAUGUCAUUUUUUUUUUGUUUUUGUUUUAUUGCAUGAUUUUGAAUUGUUUAAAGUUUGUUGAGUUGAAUGAUACAAUUGUAGCUUUGCAUCCAAGGUUGCAAAACUCAGCCGCCUAGCCGUCUAGGCGCCCGCCUAGGCGCUAGGCGGCCCCGAGCCUUGGAGUUUUGGCCAAAACUCGGCCGGCCGCUAGGCGGCCUGGGCGGCUGCUAGGCGGCCAAACUCGGCCGUGUCGACCGAUUUUGUCCGAUUUUGACCAUUUUUGACCGAUUUUGACCGA